AUGUGGUGUGGUGUUCCGGGGUGUUUGACAGUGCCUGUCCCUGCAGUGGUGCAGUUUCUCAAACGCGAAAGGAGGGUGUGCUGCCCCUCUGGGGACUGCUGUGUGGAGGCCCCCAACAUCUACUCCUGCCCCGUGGAGAGGUUCCUGCAGGUGCUCAGCACACAGUAUGCAGCACCCAUCAAUGAGCAGCACCCUGGCCUGGCUGAUGCUGUUUGUGUGAAACUGGUGGAGGAUGUGCUGAAUCGGCGGCUGCCCCGGCGGCCCGGCAGUGCCCAGGGCGAGCAGGUCACUAUCUUCCAGUACUGGAGCCACUUUGAGUCGCUUGGUGCCCUGGUGCUCGACAGCUACAUGAUGGAGCUGGCAGAGGAAGCAAUGCUGGCACAGAACCUCAACUCGGACGACCAGGAUGUGGUGCUGCGUGCCCUGAAGCGCAUGCCUGAAGGCCGCCUCAAGAAGGAGGGACUGAAAGCGCUGAGCCUGCUCAUUGUGGAGGGCAACAGCAAGGUGGUGAGCGCCGUGUCGGCCCAGCUCCGCAGCCUGGCAGAGAACCCCCGCUUCCGACAACGGGCCCUUGUGUGCUACCUGGAGCAGCUGGAGGAUGAGGAGGUGCAAACACGCGUGGCAGGGUGUGCAGCGCUGGGCUGCCUAAAGGCCAAGGAAAGCAUUGAGCAGCUGGUUUACUUGUGCCAAACCGACAAGGAGCCUGUGCGGGAGGCAGCCAAGCAGAGCCUGAUGCUGUGUGGGGAAGAUGGCAAAUCAGCUCACCGGCGGCUGGAGGAGACCCUGGACAGCCUCC